AGAAUAGGAAAACAUCAUACAAUCUCUGGUUUGUAAAAAUUUGUGGCAAUGGGGACUUUGUUCCAUCAAGUAAAUGCACAACACUGACCAUAUGGAACUCCAUUCUCCUGGAUUAAGAAUUUCCACUAUCUACCUUUCUCUAAAGGGAGGAGAGAACUUCCACUUUGAAUAUGGCCUUGUCUAAAGAAGAUCAGAGUUGGUGAACCCAAGAGGCUUCCAUAGCCUUGGCAGCUCAUGACAAGAGCCUCGGGUGAUUACUGACGUCAUAAAUGAGAGUCUAUUGUUAAAUCAACAAUGGGAGUGACUGUGCUCCUGCUCCUGAUCUAGGACCUCUGUCCUUAAUGUGUUGUACUAUGUGAAUUAACAGUAAAACUACUACCCAAACAGUACUUUAUACUUUUAAGCCACACCUGAAGGCUCCAUCAGAAACAGACUCCACAUGGAGAACAUCACCACAUUCAGAGUGAAUUUAAUGGUCUACUCCUUGUCAAUGACGUAAGAUGGGAACUUUUCCAAGGCUUGAGAUCUUGAAGUCCAGCAGAAGCCAGUAAGUCAGAAGUACUAAGGUGAGACUCCAACCAUUGUCUGCACGUCUCUGGUUUGCUCACUUCCAUGAAACAGUGGACCAGCAAGAAUAGGAGAAAAGAAGGAGCUACUGGAUGGUGAAGUGACUAAAAAUAGGAGCCUGAGUGGCCAGAGGAAAAAAAGAAACACCUGCUUUGGUAUAACCUGAAGAUAACCAAGGUAAGUUUUUAUAAGACCGCAUGCUGCACCAUGGUCAACCAAAGCUCCCCCGUGGGCUUCCUCCUUCUGGGUUUCUCUGAACACCCAGGACUGGAAAAGAUUCUCUUCGUGGUUGUCUUGAUUUCCUACCUCCUGACCCUGGGGGGCAACACACUCAUCAUCCUGCUGUCCCUGCUGGACCCCAGGCUCCACUCUCCAAUGUACUUUUUCCUCCGCAACCUCGCCUUCUUGGACCUCUGCUUCACCACAAGUUUCAUCCCCCAGAUGCUGGUCAACCUCUGGGGGCCGGAGAAAACCAUCAGCUUCCUGGGCUGCUCUGUGCAGCUCUUCAUCUUCCUGUCCCUGGGGACCACUGAGUGCAUCCUGCUGGCAGUGAUGGCCUUUGACCGCUAUGUGGCCGUCUGCCAGCCCCUCCACUACGCCACCAUCGUCCACCCUCGCCUGUGCCGGCAGCUGGCAUCUGUGGCCUGGGUUAUGGGUCUAGUCCAAUCAAUAGUCCAGACCCCACCCACCCUUCGCCUGCCCUUCUGUUCCCAUCACCAGAUAGAUGAUUUUUUAUGUGAAGUCCCUUCCCUAAUUCGACUCUCCUGUGGGGAUACUACCUACAAUGAAAUCCAGUUAUCUGUGUCUAGUGUUGUCUUUGUGGUGGUGCCUCUCAGCCUCAUCUUUGUCUCUUACGGCGCCAUUGCCUGGGCAGUGCUGAGGAUUAACUCUGCUGUAGCAUGGAGAAAGGCACUCAGAACCUGCUCCUCCCAUCUCCUGGUUGUCACUCUCUUCUACAGCUCAGUCAUUGCCGUCUACCUCCAGCCCAAAAAUCCCUAUGCCCAAGAGAGGGGUAAGCUCUUUGGCCUCUUCUAUGCAGUGGGCACUCCUUCUCUUAACCCUCUCAUAUACACCCUGAGGAACAAGGAGGUAAAGAAGGCACUCAGGAGGUUGCUGGGGAAGGAUGCAGAGAACAGGGAAAACUGAGAGAGCUGCUUAAUGUACUUUCUAAAUAAAGUUUCUAAUGAUUUUGAGAAGUUUUUGUUUU